UGCAUGUUGACAGAAAGCUGGUAUUUCUGUGGAAGCUGUCUACACUAUUUAUUUUUACAUACUGUAUUAUUGUACUAUACUUGUGAAGACAAGACACAACAAAGAAGAUGAAAGAAAAGACAGAAGGAAAGGAUAUGAUAAACGAUUGUUUUGAAAAGUUCAUGACAGCCAGCACAUUCAAAGGAAUUCAAGUUGCCUUCAAAGAACUUUGCCAAGCCGUUGACUUGAAACCAACCGAAUACAAAACUUUUUAUGUCAAUCUCAAAACUCGGGUUAAUACCUGGAAAGCCAAAUCACUAUGGGCCAAACUGGACAAGCGGGCGAAUCGGAAAGAAUACAAAAAACCUAAGCCAUGCUAUGAUACUAAUGUUUUGAUUAUUGGAGGUGGACCAUGCGGACUACGAACAGCUAUAGAGGCCGCUCUGCUAGGGUGUAGGGUUGUUGUCGUUGAGAAACGCGAAAGUUUUUCCAGAAACAAUGUUCUACAUCUUUGGCCAUUUCUGAUCAACGAUCUUAAAAAUCUAGGUGCAAAGAAAUUCUUUGGAAGGUUCUGUGCUGGUGCUAUUGAUCAUAUUAGUAUACGACAGCUUCAGGUGAUACUGGUAAAAGUUAGUCUUCUUCUCGGCAUUCAAAUUCAUUCCAAUGUAACUUAUUUAGGCCUAGAAGAGCCUCCAGCUGAUCAAACAAUUGAAAGUAAGUGUUUUUUCUCAGUAUUCCAAAUAAUGCAUUCCAACAUAAUUUUUAACUUGGCAUACAAUAGAAGGACUGCCAGAUGA